AUGAGCACUACUUCAACUCACAUCCACAAAGAUAUUGAUGAACCAUUGCUAGCACCUAAUGAACCAACACCACCACAACUAGCAUCAUCGUUCACUCAUUCAUUUGGUUCAAAACAUGAAUCAGAUGGUGAACUUGAAAGAAUUCUCUCAGAUACAAGUGUUCCUUUGGUUAAACGUUAUGGACUUGCUUCAUGGGUUGAGUUGAAGUUGCUUUUUUACCUUGCUGCCCCUGCUGUUGUUGUGUACCUUAUCAACUAUGUGAUGUCCAUGUCCACUCAAAUAUUUUGUGGUCAUCUUGGUAAUUUGGAGCUUGCUGCUGCUUCACUUGGAAAUACUGGCAUACAAAUCUUUGCUUAUGGUCUCAUGUUGGGCAUGGGGAGUGCAGUUGAGACACUAUGUGGACAAGCAUUUGGUGCAAAAAAGUAUGACAUGUUAGGCAUAUAUUUGCAAAGAUCAACAGUUCUUCUCACAUUAGCUGGAUUGGUAUUGACAUUAAUCUACAUAUUCUCCAAACCACUUUUGAUAUUUCUAGGAGAAUCACCACAAAUUGCAUCAGCAGCAUCACUUUUUGUCUAUGGUUUAAUCCCACAAAUAUUUGCCUAUGCUAUAAACUUCCCAAUCCAAAAAUUUCUCCAAGCACAAAGCAUAGUUGCACCAAGUGCAUACAUAUCAGCAGGAACAUUGGUCAUUCAUGUUAUAUUAAGUUAUUUUGUUGUGUACAAAAUUGGACUUGGUUUAUUGGGUGCAUCAUUGGUUUUGAGUUUCUCUUGGUGGAUAAUUGUGAUAGCACAAUUUGUGUAUAUUGUGAAGAGUGAAAAGUGUAAAGAUACUUGGAGAGGGUUUAGUUUUCAAGCCUUUUCAGGGUUGCCAGAGUUUUUUAGAUUAUCAGCUGCUUCAGCAGUGAUGCUGUGUUUGGAGACUUGGUAUUUUCAAAUAUUGGUUUUGCUUGCUGGGUUGCUUCCUAAUCCUGAAUUGGCUCUUGAUUCUCUUUCUAUUUGUGCCACAGUGUCUGGAUGGACGUUCAUGAUCUCAGUUGGAUUUAACGCAGCAGCAAGUGUGAGAGUGAGCAAUGAAUUAGGAGCGGGAAAUCCAAAAUCAGCGUCGUUUUCUGUUGUGGUGGUGACAGUGAUUUCUUUCAUAAUAUGUGUUAUUUUAGCAAUUGUGGUUCUUGCAUUAAGGGAUGUUAUUAGCUAUGUCUUUACGGGUGGCGAAGAAGUCGCUGCUGCUGUCUCAGAUCUUUCUCCUCUCCUAGCUCUUGCGAUUGCCCUCAAUGGCGUCCAACCUGUCUUAUCUGGUGUGGCUGUUGGCUGUGGAUGGCAAACAUUUGUUGCGUAUGUAAAUGUAGGUUGUUAUUAUGGACUUGGCAUACCGUUGGGUUCGGUUCUUGGAUUCUAUUUCGAAUUCGGUGCUAAGGGAAUAUGGUUGGGAAUGCUAGCUGGCACAGUUCUACAAACAAUCAUUUUAUUAUACGUCACAUUUCGAACCGAUUGGAAUAAAGAGGUUGUAGAAUCAAAUAACAGACUCAAUAAGUGGGAGGACAAGACUCAGCCACUACUUAAGAACUAA